AUGUCGAGAGGCCUACAGAGACACAUGAUGAAUCUAGUGAAGAGGACAGUGGUGUUGCUAUGGGUAAUUACCGAGAUUUGCUCUUCAGUAGCAACCGAACCGUGUAAUACUGCGAAUGUGUUACCGAACAUGGAUAAACGAGGACUUAGUGAUCAUCCACCAACCGGGAGCCAUCCUAUUGACGACCAUUACAACAUUCCUGAUGGCGGAAGUUGGUACAGAGUUGAAGGACAGCAAAUGCUUACCAAUAUAUCGACCGCGGGUAUCGAGAUGUGUGGGACAACUUUUCCCAUAUAUAUGCAAGGAGCUAUACCAAAAUUAACGGAUGGAAUUGUAAGCCGAACCGUUUGUACCAUCACCUUUGGCAACACGUGCAGCCAUCCGCAGCACAUCAAGAUAAAAGUAUGCCAAGAUUUCACGGCGUACUUUCUCUCGCCUCCUCGUAGUACUGGCUCAGCAUAUUGUUUUGUGACUGAAGAUGAAACCAGUGUUGCACCAACGUACCUCAUUCCAAAGCCCUCCUUAUCAAACAAGCUGGUAAAUGAGAGUAUCUACCAAAGGCUACAGUUUAAAUGUUCAUUUGAACCCUCGCUUGAAGAUCUAUAUUAUCAAGUUUUCUGGUUCGUCGAUGACAAGCCCCUAUACGUGUCGAAAAUGGCGAAGAAAACGGAACCGGAAACAUUUGUACUGCAGGAAAAAACGGGUGUGCUAGAAAAACUUGGAAUAAAUAUCGCGUGUUCUGUUCGUGCAAAGACAAAACCGGACGGAGUACCAGGGCCUAUGUCACAAAAGAGUGUUCAAUUUUAUGCUGGAAUCACGGUAAAGACGCCGACAGUCACCGUUUAUCGUGGUGGCGCAACACAUCGCCAGACGUACAUUGUAUUAAAACCGACGGUUCCUAUAGGAUGCCCACCUUCAAUACAUAGACCGUGUAUUGUCAAUGUCGAAAUAAGCAUCCCGCCCCGGCAUCAACAAUGCACAGGAAGUAUUGGAUCGGUACAACAGGGUCAAAAUAACAAAUGCGGAGUGCAGAUCUCGCAUCUGGAAUGGGACCGCGAGCACAGAAUUGAAGUAUUCUGGGUUGACGAUCAGGCAUACACCAUCAAUGCAAAUAGCUACAAAGUUAGCAUGCACACAAUUUUGAAUAACUAUCGUCCACUAUGGGGAGGGAUUAGACUGUCUGACGUCAGUGUACAAGUUAGUGAUGAAACUCAAAUAUGGAAAGGAAAGGAAUGCCAUGCAAUUUGUGAUCCACACAUGAAGACGUUUGAUGGAAGGAAUAAACCUAAGGAUAUGAUAAUCAGAACCCUGGUACAUUUGUUACUGUAUGAACAUGAUGAUUCCUCAAGGAAAGUACAGGUUCAAAUGACAGUUACGUCAUGUAAUCCUCCACUCCAUGUCUAUUGUGUGUGUGCUAUCGCCGUGCGUGCUGGAGGUGAUGUUUUCGUCAUCGACCGAUGUCCGACGACUUACCGACCUAUUUUCGAAUUCCGCUCUUGCGAGGACAACAUCCUUGAUGUUAGGAAAAUCAAUGAGAACAAUUAUAAGAUUUACUUUCCAAGUGGUACUUACCUAGACGCCCAUCUCUGGCACUACACCGGAAAAGACGUUAUGGAUCUUCAUAUGUUUCCUUCAACCUCGGACGCCGAUCACACCAGGGGACUGUGUGGUGUACUGAAUGGAAUCACAAACGACGAUUUUCUUAAGCCUGAUGGAUCACAAACCCAAAAUAAUAAUCAGUUCUCACAGUCCUGGAGGGUUCAAGAACGAGAUAAUCUUAUCACCAUGGAUUCUGAAUCUUUGCAAAAGCUGGAGGUCUGGAAUAAAACCGUUCAGUUUUGCACAUGCAACGAACACGGUCAAAAUAACGCACCUAUACAAAAAAUCCAAUGCUCCCAGAAUACCAUAGCAACAUGUGUGAAGAAAGAUGAAGCAACUGUGAAGAAGCAACAACGCUGUAAGGUGAAGGCGACACGUGGGCUGAGAAAGGAAUCAGUGAUUACGUCACCUGGUCAUUUCAGCAGACGAAAGGAUAACAUAAUGAAUCAGUUAUAUAAACUUGAUUAUCAGAGAGAAGUUACCGGAAAUUGGAAUGCAACGUAUGCCAGAACAUAUUGUGAGACGUUCCUUAAACAGUCUUCGUCGUUUGAGGCAUGCUCACAAGACAUAACAGUCACCGAUCCCAAGUCUGCAGAAGACACAUGUGUCCUUGAUAUAAUGGCCACUCAGACGACGAUGUGGUCUAGCUCUGCGCGUGAAUCCCUGAAGUCCGUCUGCCUGAAGGAACUGAAACAAAACACCACGUACCAGGAAGAAGAUUCACCAGAGCAACCUUCCAUUGCCCAGAAAAUUAAGGAGAUUGCGUGUCCAAACGAGUGUACUGGAAAUGGCCUGUGCGUAAACGGAACUUGCACCUGUAAUGCGAAUUUUGGAGCUGCUGAUUGCUCUAUAGACAUCCGGGUACCUCCCCAAAUAUAUGGUGUAAACAUGGACUCAAACGGUACCUGCGAUAUCCGGACGUGUGAAGCGGCAAUUAUUGAAGGAGAAACGUUUGUAGACUUUGGAAAUCUCACCUGCCAUUAUCAACUAUUUGAGAUAAGCAUUAACGGUACAGAGGAGUUUGCUACCAACAUGACAUUACCAGGCCAGUUCAACACACUCGUGGAGGUAUUCUGUCCCCUGCCAGACUUGUGGAAUGACCAUAUAACUAAACGUUCAACAGAUCGGUCUUCCUCCCGUCCAGUCCCAUUUGUGUACCGAUGGUCUGUAGCAGUCAGCAAUGACGGAGAACAUUUUGGAGAAGUCUCCGAUCUGAUAGUCUAUAAUGCUGAUUGUCAAUUGAUAGUGGAUGUUUCCGUCUCGUUAUUUGAAUUAGAGGAUGAGUAUUGUUUUAUUCGUGGCACGUGCGCACGAGAUGGUGAAACAGACGCAUCUGAUCAGUGUUCUGUGUGUAAACUGGAUCUGACAAGGUUUGAAUGGAGCAAGAACAACGAUUUUUGCAGGAUUGGAGAUCUUUGUGUAGCCAAUCAUUCUGUCGAUGCACACAACAACUGUUCAAUCUGCAACGUAGCUCUUUCCUCUGAGACAUGGAGCCAGAAUCCAGAUUACUGUUCAAUAGACGAUGCUUGUGUUCCUGAUGGUAUCGUUAAGAACAUGUCUUCCUGUCUGAUAUGUAACACAAGUCGUGACGUUACUCAGUGGUCACUUGCUGAUGACUACUGCUUGAUCGAUGGUCACUGCGUGGCUGAUAAUGUGACUAGGGAAGGGGAUGCUUGCUCUGUGUGUAACGUUACAAUAUCUCAAUCGACUUGGAGCGGAAGCAUUGGACACUGUAUGGUAGACGGCGCAUGUAUCGCCGAUGGUACUGACAACUCCAAUGCAACUUGUCGCAAUUGUGACGUCAGACAGUCUACGAAUAACUGGACCCUGAAGCCAGACUACUGCCUGAUCGAUGGUCACUGCGUGGCUGAUAAUGUAACUAGGGAAGGGGAUGCUUGCUCUGUGUGUAACGUUUUAGUAUCUCAGUCGGCUUGGAGCGGACACAUGGGGUACUGUAUGUUAGACGGUGUAUGUGUCCCUGACCUUACUGACCACUCUAGUGAAACGUGUCUCGAAUGUGACGUCACACAAUCGCGGAACGACUGGACAUUGAAGCCAGGCUACUGUUUAAUAACUGGCCAAUGUAUCGCUGAUAACGUGACCAAGAAUGGGGAUGACUGUUCAGUGUGCAAUGUCAAAUUGUCUCAAACGGCUUGGAGUGAAAAUACAGACUUUUGUAGAAUAGAAGGACAAUGUAUUCGCCAUAAUACGUCAUCGAACACUGACAAGUGUUUGACGUGCGACGUAGGACGCUCACGUGAUCACUGGACCAGAACCUGUGAAACAACACAUAAUGCCGAUCCAUCAAACAGGACAUCCGGAACUACACACAACAUCAGAAAUGUACAUGAUGGCCCGCAUAAAGAGAAAGCUGGAACUGGCUCUUCAUCAAAAGCCUGGAUAGCGGGUCCUGUGAUCGGAGGAGUGAUUAUCGUCAUGGUGAUAAGCAUACUUUUAUAUCGUCGAUGGAAAAAUAGGAAUGACGAUACAAGCUACAAAGUAACUUACGUGGCGUCGGCAUCAUAGCUUGAGCGAUCAGUCCGGAUUCGAAACAGACAUCAACUGAUAGUCAUACAACUCUAAUGUAAUCGGCAAAAUACUCAUGUGAUCAACGGCAGCAUAAUGCAUCACUUUAUUUUGCAUAUAAUUGAAUAAUUAUGUCAUAUACUUAGUAUUUCAAAAGCUGUAUAUACAUUUGGCAUGGUUAAUGUGAAAUUGAUAUGGAUAGGAAACAUGUUUUAAAGUUGAUAUAAUGUGUAAAGACAUUCAUAAUACUACAUCAAGUGUUGAUUUAAGAUCUUUGCUUGUUAUAAAACCACCCAAGAUUCUCAUCUUCGCCUGAGGCCAAUUGUCACAUUUGACCACUGGUACUAUGAUAUGAAUGUAUUUUGUAUGAUACUGAUUGGUACUAUUUUCAAAUUAACAAAAUAGUAUUUUGUAAAGUUUUCAUUAAGUACACUAGAAAUAUGUAAGGCAUAUGAUAGAGCAUACUAGUACAAACAAGGUUUAUCUCCGACUUUUAUUUGAUAACAAACAUGCAUCGUCAGUAGUGACCACUUAAAACGUUUAAGAGGUUACUCACCACUAAAGUCAAAAACUGAAAGUACCUCGAUUAUCGAGAAAAGUUUGUUCAAAAGCAUACGGUAAAUCACAAUAACAUCCGCGAUAUAUAUUUGACCCUAUACUAACAUAUAUAUUGUAUAUUACCUUUACACGCAAUAUUACAUGUAAAAUGUUCAGAAAGCAUCCCAGGCUCAAGUCAAAAUUCAUUUUUGUUACGCUUGUAUAUGUACUUUAAUCAUGAAAUCGGCCUGUUGUAUUAUCAAUUGGACCAUGUAAUUUUCUUGUAUAUUGCACUAGUUUGAUAUACGCUUUGACGAGUGUGGCGUCAUAGUCUGGGCUAUGACAUUACACCAGGAGUUAACAAUAUCAAUAAAUUGGCUAUCUCUGCUUUAAUUAGGGUUUUUUUUCAUUUUGACAUUAAAACCGAACACGUUUUCUGAGGUAUGAAUAGAUAGACCUAUACAUUUUGCUUUUCCUUUUGUGAUAUUGAAAGAGACUCGAAAUCUGUCUCGAAGUUUGAACAUUUCUCACUAAGACUCGGUUUAUAAAAUCUGUAUGAUAAUUCAUUGUAUAUCCUCUAUAUUUUAUACAUUCAUAUUAUAUGCAUAAUAAAAACUUGAUUAUAUAUGGAACAGUCUACUCAUGACAAUAAAAUGUUCAUUUCAUCCAAAUAUAUAUAUAAUAACAUCAUCUUGGGAUAAAAUGUAUCUAUUAAGAUUAACAUAUACUUGAUGUUUUCACGAAUAAAGUGUAAUUUAAACAUAA